GAGAGCGAGAGCGCUCCUCCUCCUCCUCCUCCUCCGUCUCUUCCCCUCAUCCCGAAAAGCUAAGACGAUCUUCACGGCGGAGUCCUCUCAUCAUAUCUCCUCUUGCAUAAUGGAAACUGAAUUAAAACAGCUGUGACACGCUCUCAGAAAUAACCAAACCUACGACUUGUAACUAAACUGCUCUGGAAGAAGGUCGUGUUUCUUUGGAUGGAGAAUUUUUGAAUCGAUGGUGAAUGAGCUGAAUUCAAGCUGGUUGUGAAGGUGCUGGACUUGUUCCCCCCUAAGCCCCAAGCCGGACACAGCAUGGCGGGAGGAGUAGCGGCAUGGCUUCCCUUUGCCAGGGCGGCAGCAAUCGGCUGGAUGCCAGUUGCCAAUUUGCCCAUGCCAGUGGCACCAACUGAGAAGAACAAGCGGCAGGAUGAGCUAAUCAUCCUUAAUGUCAGUGGACGGCGCUUCGAGACCUGGAGGAACACGCUGGACCGCUAUCCAGACACCCUGCUGGGGAGCUCAGAGAAGGAGUUCUUCUACAACGAGGAGACUAAAGAGUACUUCUUUGACCGGGACCCUGAUGUGUUCCGCAGUGUGCUCAACUUCUACCGCACAGGCAAGCUCCACUUUCCACGCUAUGAGUGCAUCUCCUCCUAUGAUGAGGAGCUGGCUUUCUUUGGCAUCAUCUCAGAGAUCAUCGGUGACUGCUGCUACGAAGAGUACAAGGAUAGGAAGAGGGAGAAUGCAGAGCGUCUGAUGGAUGACCAGGAGGACAACAAGGACGCUAAGCUUCCCAACAUGACCUUCAGGGAGACCAUGUGGCGGGCGUUUGAGAACCCCCACACUUCCACCAUGGCUCUUGUCUUCUACUAUGUCACCGGCUUCUUCAUUGCUAUCUCUGUCAUCACUAAUGUCGUGGAGACGGUGCCCUGCGGCUCGUCGCCCAAUCAGAAGGAAGUGCCAUGUGGCGAGCGCUACACUGUGGCCUUUUUCUGCAUGGACACGGCCUGCGUCAUGAUCUUCACCGUGGAGUACCUGAUGCGCUUGUAUGCCGCGCCAAACCGCUACCGCUUCAUGAGGUCCGUCAUGAGCAUCAUUGAUGUGGUGGCCAUCUUGCCCUACUACAUUGGCCUGGUGAUGACUGACAACGAAGACGUGAGUGGCGCUUUUGUGACACUCCGUGUUUUCCGCGUGUUCCGCAUCUUUAAGUUCUCCCGUCACUCGCAGGGCCUGCGCAUCCUAGGAUACACGUUGAAGAGCUGUGCCUCGGAGCUGGGCUUUCUGCUUUUCUCCCUCACUAUGGCCAUAAUUAUCUUUGCUACCGUCAUGUUCUACGCAGAGAAGGGUUCAAGCUCCAGCAAAUUCACCAGCAUCCCAGCCUCCUUCUGGUACACCAUCGUUACUAUGACAACGCUCGGGUACGGAGACAUGGUUCCGAAGACGAUUGCAGGAAAGAUCUUUGGCUCAAUCUGCUCUCUGAGUGGGGUACUGGUAAUUGCCUUGCCUGUCCCUGUCAUCGUGUCCAACUUUAGCCGCAUUUAUCACCAGAACCAGAGAGCAGACAAGCGGCGGGCGCAGAAGGUACAGAAAGCCCGCUUGGCUAGGAUACGAAUAGCCAAGACAGGAACCUCCAAUGCCUUCCUCCACAGCAAGCGCAAUGGCCUUUUCAAUGAAGCUCUGGAGUUCACGCAACUUCCAUACAAGAUGAACCUUUCAGAUCAGAGUUCCACUGAGGAGGAGCAGCGAUUAAAGUCCACCUCUCUACUAGAGAGCCAGCACCACCACCUGCUGCACUGUCUGGAGAAAACCACUAACCAUGAGUUUGUGGACGAGCAGUAUUACCAGCAGAGCUACCUGGAAGCGGGGCUGCAGAAUUACUCGUCUCGAAGCCCUUCCCUGUCCAGCCAAGAUGGCGUGACGGGCACGUGCUGCACCCGCCGAAGCAAGAAGCACCACACCCCUUUACCGAAUGCCAGUGCCCCCGCACACCUGCAGCCUUUGACACACACGCACACACAUCAUCAAGGCUUGCAGGAGCUCAGCACCAUCCACAUCCAUCCCCUCAGCACCAGCCGCUCCAGUCUGAACAUGCGUGUAGACGGUCCAGCAUCCCUGAACUGCCAGAGCAACCAGAUCACCACAGCAAUCAUCAGCAUUCCAACACCGCCAGUGACGACUCCUGAUGGCGAUCUGUCCCACCAGAACGUUGUGAAGGUGUCCGCACUGUGAAGACUAGAGUGCAAGCGCAUCACACAGAAAGACAGACAAAGACUCAUCGAGACAGACUGAGGGACAGAGGAGGACUGGGAAUGAUGGAGGAGAAGGCAUUCAAAGUCCUUGUUUGGCCGUGGUGGAGCCUGCCCUCUGCUGGUCAUGUACUGUAACGACAUGGACUCCCUGUACAGACAGAAGGAUGGCUUUUAGAUACAGUGUAUUCAUGUUAGCGGUUGGCACGCAUGUGUGCGUGUAUGUGAGCGCGUGUGUGUGUGGGUGAAAAAGUGGAGAAUAUGUGUUGGGAGUCGUUUUGGAUGAGGAGGCGUGUGAGAAUGUGCCUCCCAAGUGUCAGAGAUGAGGAAGUCAUGUGUCUCUGUGCACAACGCACCUUUUUAUGAUUUCCGCUUCAGUUUGACUCUCAUCAUCUAUUUUUAGCAGGA